AUGGUUUGGAGGAAUAUUUUCCUCUUAUUAAUAUUUUGCAUAAAUUUUCUGGUAAACAGUUUUGCUCCACCAGGAAUAAAUCCUUCAAUCUUUGAUUCUUCUAUACAAUAUAAACAAGAACAUAGACCUGUUAUAUCUAAAGAUGGUUCAUCAAAUAUUCCAAGAUCUCCAUAUGAACCACCAACAGCAAUUUUUGCAACAAGACCACCUUUACCUGGAUAUUAUAAAGCAACAAAACCAUUUACUAGAGGACCAUUUCCUUAUGUUCCUAUUACUGAAUCUCCAAUAAAAAUUGAAUUAAAAAAUCCACAAGAUUUAUUAGAAGAACUUAAAAAUAAUAGAUAUUAUGGUGAAAUUGAAAAUGUUGAUAGAAAUACUAAGAAAAUUGUGUCAGAUACGGGAAUAUUUUAUCCUGUACAAAAAACACAUGAUGGUGAUAUGAUUGGUUAUGUAAAUGUCCCAUACUAUGAAGUUCCAGUAACACAAUCAGUAAAAUCUCAAAAAGUUUUAAUUUUAGAUGAUAAAUUAUCAACAACAACAAAAACAACAACAACAACAACUACUACUUCUACCACUAAUAUCAUUAUAACUACUACCACAAAAAAAAGUGUAAUAACAACAGUAAAAAGUACCACAACGACAAAAAAGAAUGACAUUCCGGAAGUAAUUAAAGAUAGAAAAUCUAAAGUUGUAACUACAAGUAAUUAUUUAUUAAAUACGCAAUCAACAGCAAAGACUUAUCCAGUAGUUGAUAUAACUAAACAGAAUACUACACCUUAUGCCAGAACCCCAAUACAGAUACCUGAAAUAAAUAAAUAUAAUUAUCAAAAGAUUAAUACAAAAUAUAAUAAGUAUCCGGAUAGUAUAUCUAAUAGUAAUAGUUAUGAAGCAAUACCUAUAUCACCAGAUAUGUAUUACAGUAACUUUGACAGAAAUUCUAAUACAAAUUAUAACAAUUUACAACCAUCUCCACCAAUGACAGGUGGAUAUUAUGGACCACAACUCCCGGUUACAAAAAAGAAAACAAACAAUUUAACUCCAUUCUUUACUAGAACAAAACCACAUUUAGCAACUAUUAGUCCUAUAACUGAAAAAAAUAUAAAUUCAAUUGUUUCUCAAAUUAAAGAUAAAAAGACAACUACAACUCAUAAAACUUUUACAAUUACAACAAUUAAACCAAUAAAAACAACAGAAAAUAUUCCUUAUCAAAAGUUAUCCUCUAAAAUAGUAACACAAAAACCUUGGUGGAUGAUUUCUACAACAAAUAAACCUUUAAUUAUUUUAUCAACUAAUGAUGUAAAGUUCGAAAAAGGUUUUUCUACAAUAACAACAAGAAGACCAAAAGUUACAGAAAUAAGUAAAAGUUAUUCAACUAAUCCUCCAGUAAAGUUAACAAGUCAAUUUCUAAAAACUGUUACUCCAUUAACAACAAUAACCACAGUUAAAUUUUCAACCAUACCAGUUCAAAGAACAACGAAAAAACCUCUAAUAAUCAUUUCUACUUCAACAAAAAUUAAUCCAUCUAUAAUAGUAUUUUCAAAAUCUACAAAAGCAAUAUCAUUACCUUCUUCAACAACUGGUACAACAACUGUUGAAUUUUUAUCAACUGUACCAUCUACAAAAAAAGUAGAGCAAACGGUGACCUUUGGAGAAACUAAAAAAUUAAACAAAGAAGAGAUAAAAAGUAUAAAAGGUAAUGUUGAGUUUAACUUUGAGACAAAUACUUUUCCAACACUAAUGACUACUUCACCUGAAGUUACCUUUGAAAAAGGAUCAAAUGUUAUAACAGAAAAAAUUAUAACAAAAUCACCUGUAAUUUUUGAAGAUCAUACACAAAAACAGGACAACAUAAAGACAACUACAUCUAAAUUUACUACAAUUGAAAUUGAGCCAAGUAUUAUUGAUCAUGAAAUUAAUGAAUCAACAAAAGAAAAUACUCCAACUAUAAAAAUAAAUCCUACAUCUGUACAUUCAACUAAAGGACACACAAUUGAUACAACAACUUUUACUAUGACACCAAAAAUAAUUUCUAGGACAACAACUUUACCACAAAUUCCAGAAGUUAUAACUAAUGAAAUACCAAAAAAUACUAUACCAAAUGAUAAAAAAGAAUCUGAUGAUCAUAUUGUAUCUACAACAACUACUACAGUUAAAACUCAACCAUCAAUGAAUAGUAAUGUAGAAACUUCAAAAACAACUGUCACAAAAAUUACAAACACUGAAGAACCAGAAAUAGAAAUUACUUCAAUACCUUUUAUUCCUGAAGGUAGAUUAUUUGAAUCAACAACUACAGAAAAAUCUAUAGAAAAUACAAAAACAAUUGAAAAAGAAACUACUGAGAUACCAACAACAGAAGAAUCAUUCAUUGAUUUGGCAACUACUGAAAAAAAAACAAAAGAACCUUCAUUUGAAUCUUCAACAGUUAAAGAAACAACAGAACAAUUAAAUAUUGAAAGUUCAACUGUUGAAAGUAUUGAACCAAAGUCUAGUUUUACAACACAAAAAAUUAAUAUUGCAGAUACUUCUACUAAAUUAUUUGAAGAAGAUGACAAUAAGCCAACUCCUGAACUUGUAAAAGGAAAUACUCAGGAAACAUCAACUUUAAGUAUUCCACAACAACAUUCUGAAUCACUUUUCCCUGAGCAAGAAAACUCUGAAGAAAUGAAUUUAGAAACAAUGACUACAACAGUAGGUGUUCAGAAUACAAAAGAAAUGUUAAAUGAAAGUUUUACAUCUAUAGAAACAAAAUCAUUUAAAACUAUUGAAACAACAUCUAUUUCAAACAUUGACAUUGAGUCUACUGUCAUUCCUACAGAAAUAUUCUCUAGUUCUACACAAUCUUCCACAGAUACUCAUGAAACAACACCUUCUUUGUUGGAAGAAUUUGAAACAACACCUGAAAUUUCUACACAAUCAACACAAAUAUUUGAAGCUUCUACACAUGCUUUCACCACAGAAAAGCCUGAAAUAAAUUCUACACAAAAAACUGAAAUUGAUUCUAUACCAUUCACUCCAAUCGAUAAUUUAUUUACAUUAAAUGGAGUGACUGAAACAACUACAAAUGGUAAGGUUGUUGUUGAUUUUGAUUCUGAAACAGUAACUAAAAAUAUAACUGAGUUAUGUACAACUGAACAAUCAAUCUCAACUACUGAGGUAGAAAAUAUAACUGCUAAAACUUUGGAAAAUCAAUCUACUGAAGUUACAUUAAUUCCAAUAGAAUUAAGUGAAGAAACGACGACACCUGUUGUAGAAAUUUUAUUUCCUACAUUUCCAUCAGAGGAAGAAAAUUUAUCAACAGAAAGAGUGCCAACAACUAAUAAAAAUUUGAAAGAAAGUACAGAAAUAUUAGAAUUUACUACCUCUAAAUUAACAACAUCUGAAGAAGGUGAAAUUGAAGAAAAGACAACAUCUAUACCAGUAACAAUUUCAACAUCUAUCCCUGAAAUAUCAACAUCAGAAAAGGUAACACCAGGAGAUGAAGUAUUUCCAACUGAAUUCUCUUCUGGAGAGUUAACAACACCAACCACAAAUACUACUGAACAAUUCUUUUUUUCAAGUAUACCAACAACCGAAGAAGACAUAAGUCAAUUGCCAAUAAAUUCAAGCACAAAUAAACUAAAAACGACACUACUUUCACAUACACUAACAUCUAUAGAAACAACAACUGAAAUGUUAUUUUCAGAAACGACAACAACAUUAAUUAAAUCAGUAGUCAUAUUAAAUGGUAAUAAAAAAGUUCCCGUAGUUAAGGCUCCUGAAACAACAGGAAUAGAAUUUAUAUCUCCAAAUAUGACAAUAACAAAAAUAUUAGAUAAAUCAACAAAUAAAUUUGUACCAAAUGGUAAAAAUACCAAUAAAACAAAUCUUGUAUCAAUACAAGUUACAACAGAUAUGGAGAAGUCUGUUGAAUUGGCAGAUAUUGAUUUUGAAAAAACACUUGAAAAAGAAUUAGAUAAAUUGAUACCAAAAAUACUAGAAACAUUAGAUAAAGAGGAAAAAGAAAUUAAAGAAUUAGGUGAACAUUUAGAAAAAGGUAUUGGAGAAGAAUUAGAGAAAGAGGUAAGAAAUAAUGAUGAUGUUGAUGGAAAAAAUAAAGAAGAAUUGUUAAAACAAAAUUUUAUUGAUAGAGAUUAUCCUGAUUUUAAUCCACCUAAAGAUAAGGUAUUUGAUUCUAAUAUACUUAGAAGUGAUGAUGUAACAGUACCAACAUGUCCUUAUGAACCAUAUGUAUCUUCUGAACCCCCAACAGAUGUAAUGUUUUUGGUGGAUGGUACAAAAUCAAUGUCAGGAGAAAAUUUUGAACGUUCAUUAAAAAUGAUGGGUGAUUUUGUGAUGAAAUUUGAUAAUAUUGGUUUAAAUGGAACACAAUUUUCAUUGGUUCAAUAUACCUCACAACCAUUCUUUGAAUUUUCAUUUAAAAAACACUCCUGUAGAGAUGAUAUUUUAAAAGAUAUCAUUGAAACAAGUUAUAUGAAAGGAGAUAAUAAUACAAAUAAUUUAGAUAUAGUACUUGAAAAAGUUAAUAAAUUUGGUUUUUCAUAUCUAAGAGGAAAUAGACCAGAAGCUAAAGAUUUUUUAAUUAUAUUUAAUGGAGAUAACAAAAAAAAUACCAAUCUUGGUAAUGCUAUAGAAAAAAUAAAAGAUAAUGAUAUUGAAGUAUUUGCUAUUUGUGAAGAUGAAGAUAGUCAAAAUAUAUUUAAUGAUAUUUUACCACCAAAAAAUGUUAUGUCAUUUAAUGAUAAUAAUAAAAAUGUGGUUGAUAUUAUAACAAAUAAUAUAAAAAAGUAUGGUAAUAAAAAUAAAAAUAAUGAUGAUAUUAAUAUAAUUAAGACUGAUUGUAUGAAUGAUGAAUUAAGAGUAGUUUUAGAAGUACCAAAAUCAUAUCAAGGAAUAUUUACUACUAAAAAUUUCUCUAAUAAUAGUCUUUGUUCAAAGAAAGUACCAAUGGAAAUUGGUGAUGGUUACAAACAAUUAGGAUUUACUUUUAAAAAUAAUGAUUGUGGUUUAAAUAUAAUUCAUGAUAAUGAAUUAAAUGGAAAAAAUUAUACUAUUGUUAUGAAUGUUUUAAAAGAUGAUAAAGAGAUUAGUCAAAAUGAUAAAAGUUAUCUUGUUCAAUGUUUUUCAUCAAAUAAAAAUAUUGAGAAUGAUGAGAAAAAAGUUGUCUUUGAUACUAUUCCUAUUGAUAUUGUUCCACCAACAUGUAAAUAUUCAUUACAUAGAGAUUCUAUGGAUGGUCCAAUUGUUAGUAUGGCUGUAUUGGGGCAAACAAUAUUCCAUAAAUGGGAAUGUCAUGGUAUGAAAAAUGUUGAAAAUUAUUAUGGAAUGUUUAUACAUGAUUGUUUUAUUGGAACACAUGAAAAGAAAAAUAUUCUUCAGAUGGUUGAUAAUAAUGGUUGUGUCACUAAGAAUACUACUAUUAAUGGUAUUAAUUAUGAAUCUGAAAAAAUGAUUGCUUAUGCUAAAAGUGAAGUAUUUUCAUUGGAAGAUGUUGAACAUAUGAAAUUUUCAUGCAAAAUAGGUUUGUGUUUAAAACAAAAUGGUGAUUGUGAUGGAAUUACGCCGCCACAAUGUAAUAAAACUGAAAAUAAUUUAAUGUCAGCAGUUAUAAGACAGGACCGUCAAAUAAAUCUAAUAAAUCAAGCACUUGAAAAUGAUGUUGAAACAAUUUUACAAAUAAUAAAAUCAUUCCGUUUUGGAGCACAAAAAUUUGUAAAUAAUAAUGGUAACUUUAGUUAUAAAGAAUUUGAUGGACCAAUUAUUUCAAUUAUGCUUAUUACUUUAAUAGUUUCUUUAUCUAUAUUUAUAGUUAUAUUAACUUAUAAAAAAUAUAAACAUCCAAUACAUUUUACAGAUGAUGAUAUUUUUUCAAAUUCAUACAAUUCAAAUAAUUUUUAUAACAGUAGUAUAAGUAACAGUAGUAAAUUAAAUUUGGACAACAUCAAUUUUGAGGAAAAAGAUAUGUAUAAUGUAAAUUAUAGUUUAAUUAAUUUACAUAAAAAAACUUCAGUUACAGUUUAA